AUGGUCAACGGUUCAAGUGUACAGCCCUCCCUCGAAGAGAAACCGAAGAGGACAAAGAUACAGUUUGCCCCUUCUUGUGAGGGUGGGGUUUUUUCACAAUACGUCGUGGACGUGCGUUACUGUGGCCUCUCCAGGCCAACAGCUUCCACUCAGGGCAGGCUGGCGGUCGGUGCCAGCAGUGCAUCUACCAACAUUAACCUAAACAAAACAUCAAGUUAUACUGUUCCAACCCUGUUCGGAUCCCAUAGGGGACUUACCGCUGACGAUUCUGAAAGACAUAAAAGCUUUUUAGCAUAG